ACCAUCGAACAUCCCCUUUCCCCUUACGCCCCCAUAUUCACCUGUGUACUACAUCGUAUUGUCUUGCCCUCGCAUCCCCGGGCGCCGGUGUCACUCUACCUGACCUAGCUUUCAUAUCAAGCCUCUCAACAAAGUACUCUACCACCUAUCGAGUAUUCCGCCUUGUGUCGGUUGGAAGUGCAGUCUCUCGGAUUGCAUUUCUUCGCUCCGACCUUCCCACGUCAUAUCAACUUCCAGGCCCAUUACCUACCAUUGAUUUGUUAAACGAACACUCAUUCGGGGGCACUAUUUCUCCUUAGCCCUCAUCGUGAUCUUCAGGGUUCUUCCUCACCACUCUUAAGGAUGUACGUCACCUGUUUUUCUACUGACUCUCUCUAUUGCAUCAUCCUGACCCCAUAAUACUGCCUCCUAUAACUGUUGACUUUAUCCCGAGUGGUACUACUUUCUGCCUCCCGAACCAAGACAUACCAAGCCAAAUCUCUACCUCAAUGCCUCUUUCCGUGUACUCUCAACGCUCUCUAAACUGUAAAGACUUACCGUUUUCGGGCUGCAGAAACUACAAAAGUCCAUAUUAAUGGCAACCGCCCGGCUGCUCUCGAGCUUUAUAUCUCCCCCAAUCCCCUCCUCCCCAUCGUCUUCGGUCAAUCCGUUACCUCCAUUUUUUGCCUUUACGCACAACUACCUUUGUGCUGCGGUGCUCUUAUUGCCUCCACUGGCCUAUCUAACCUACAAGGACUACCGCUCUUUCCUCUCGCUCGGCCCAGGGGGCACUCCUUACAACUUCUAUGGUUAUUGUAUCAUAACCUCGCUCCGAUUGCUCGCUCUCCGAAACCCCCGUGUUCCAGGACCAGUGCCGGAAGGUCUAAAACACAAUGGCUACCUCCCCAAGUCCGGGGUAGCUAAAAGAGAUGCCGCUCGCCCAAUCGUCACCGGAAUCGCGCCCCAUAGACAAAUGAAUCAAAGACCCAGGAGGGAGAUAUUUGACCUCCUUUCCAGCUCGCUACAGAAUUUAGCGGACAAUUAUCCAAGAAGAUUAAGGAUCGCCAUAAGCUGCUUCGAGAAGCAUUGUCCGGGGCUGUUUUCUAGGAAGCAAGUUAACAAGACCUGUAAUGGCGAAAUUGUUCAUGCCCACCUUAGCGACGGCUCAAUGCAUAUGACGUUGCAUCCGGCGGAUGCCAAGAUUGUUAUCGAGGCUGGAUGGGGAGGUACGUGUGACAAUAAAAGCCCUUGCCCAGCACCGCAAUUCUCGACAAAAGUUGCUUCAGUCAUUUAUUCCCCAAGGAUGUGAAAAGGUGGAAAAAGGAAAGAAAGGGAAAAAGAAAAGUAAUUCUUACUGACUGUAUUGCUACGUACGAGUGUAGAGAGACAUCCACUUUCCAGAGGCGGCUGGUGCAGACGGUUUGUACCGGUCGGGUUUGUGAUGAUCUAUGCUCCACGCACCGAAGAGGAGGUUGGUCUCGUCCUUGAAAUCGUCAAGGCGGGAAUUGGCUGGGUUAGCGGUGAGCCGCUUGACGAAUCAGAGGCUAGGCUCUAUCCGAGGGAAAUGGAGACCAAAGAUGGCUUGAACCGCUGCGACUCCGGACACUGCCCUGCCAACGCGAACUCCACAAUCAAGAACUGUGAAUCCGAUGUCGUCCAAAAUGUCGCCAACGCAGUCAUGGAAGUCGCUUGAUCGGCCGGAUUUCGCAAGCAAUCUACAUUUUUUCCCCUCUAUGGAUAGUGCAAGAUGGAAUCGGGUUUUGUGUUUUUCCCAGUGCUUUUUCAUUCACAGUCUCGCAAUACUCCUAUGACCAAUGUCCGGCGGAUAUACUGUAAGACGCGCAGGACACUUGCAGGCUACGUUUCUUCCAUCACAUUCACGGCUUUCACCUUGUUCGUUUUUCCGUUUCUUGAAUCUCGUUAUUCACUUUUGAAGGGCUGAUCGGAGGCAGCGAUUUCUUUGCAAGAGAAAAGUUUUAUUCCUGUCUACUCCGCCAGGAGCUACUAGGAUUUGGCCCUAGUGACAGCAGCACUGUGGUUUUGAAAUUUCCUCGCUAUUAUACCACUAAAUUUCUUGUUAUUCCCUUUCACUGUUUACCUGUUACAAGCGUUUUACCAUUUCUAGAAGGAGGCCUAAAUUGAGAAAUAUUCAGUUUCCUACAG